ACUAUAAAUAGCAGAGCUCAUUUUUAAUUUUACCAUUCAUUUUUAACUUGCGUAUCGGUUAUAUUAUUAAAAGGUUAGAGUUGGUUUUAUCAAAAUGACACGCCUCGUUUCUAUCACCCUUCUGGGAUUGAUUUACGUGCUCUGCGCUAGUGCGCAAAGUGGUGUUAACUGGCUUCCUUUCUCCGUCUCGGAACAAGCCGUCGUCUCCACAGACUUUUCUAACUUAGCCGUGGAGCGGUUCUACGUCAAGCUCCCUUGCGAGGGAUCUGUUUGGUUCAAGCUCUUCCUCAGACGUGCUGAUGGUGCCAACUCCCAUGUCGAGCUUUACAGUAAGGUAAAAGGAAACAUUUAUUGUAACGCUGCUGGUGCGAGGAACUGGUAUGAUGGGGAGAAAACUGAUUUCACCAUGGAGGAUGGGGCAAUGAAAUGUGAAUCUGGCGACAAAAACAUCAUCCUUGUGGUGGAGAAAACAGCUGACAGAGUAACUAUCAAGAACAAAGGACAAGUUCUGUACACCAAGGCUUUCUCUGACAAUGAUGCAAACUGCCGUCAAGCUACCACGACCGUCAAAACACAAGUUUGGAACUACGAUGACAGCCUGGGUCUCGCUGUCUUCGAUAACUCCGCUCCACUCAACCUUGUGAGUCAAGGAAGCUGUUUUGUCCAGGAUUUCAACUACCAAGGAGCUGAUAUCAAGAAAAUAACAAACGUCGACUCUGCCGAUUCCUGUCUUGCUAUGUGCGGAAAACAAGCAGGAUGUCUGUCGAUGACGUACUAUGGCACCGACUGCUGGUUGAAGAACCUCAUGUACGGUCAGAACCCCGCCCCAAAAGUUGGAUGUGUCAGCGCUAACCUUGCCUGUCAAGGUGCAAUGCUGAUGAACAACAACUGCGUGAAAACUAACUUCGACUUCUGGGGAGCUGACAUUAAGAAGGUCUCAGGUGUUUCGUCUGUCAUGGAUUGUGUUGGAGAAGCCAGGAAAACCCAAGAUGCAAAGUCUGUGGCAUUUGUUAAGGUCAAUGGAGACUGCUGGGUCAAGUAUUCGGAGAACGGAGCCAGACCUGAAGAUAACGAUCGAGUCGAUAGUGUUGCUUUAUCUUGCCUCGACGGAGUAGCAGCUCAAGUGUCGUCUGGUAAUGACUGUGUUGAUGAAGGAGUUGACUACUGGGGUGCUGAUAUUAAGAACGUUAACCCCAUCUACACUAUCGAGGAGUGUGAAGCGCUCUGCUACGUAGAGGACAGUUGUGUUUCACUUACUCACAGACCAUCGACUCAGGACUGUUGGUUGAAGAGCAAACCUAAUGGUGAAAAUGGAAAAUCAGCUCAAGAUACUGUGAACAGUAUUAACUUGAGCUGUUUCCUCGUUAACAGCGUCGAGGAGGGAUGUGUAAAAGAAAGCUACGAUUUCCGUGGAGCUGACAUCAAACGGGUUGAUAACGUAGUGUCCAUAGAGGACUGUGCAGCAUUAUGUGCUGACCAGGCUGGCUGUGUUUCUGUGACCCACCAACCAUCCACCUCCCGGUGCUGGCUGAAGAACAAAGAGUUCGGUGCUGAUCCUCAGGAUAUGGCAGGAGUUAACAGCAGAAAUCUCAAAUGUGGAGAUGUUUGGUGCAUGCACCUGGGUAGUUUCCUUUAUUCUUACGCUUCCCGAACUAAAUAUGUAAACUUGGAGGAUGCUCAAAAAGCCUGCGUGGAAAACGACGCCUGCAAGGGUAUCACCCAGGAACCGUAUAGCAGCAACAAAUAUACUUUGAGAAAAGGACCUGUCAUCCACGAUUGGAGUCCUACUAACGAAACAUCGUGGACCCUUUGCUAAUUAACUGAUCGGUCAGUUAUAAGUAUGCAGAACGAAAUGUGAAUGAAUGAUUUCUCGUUAAUAGAACAAUACGAAGUAUUAAAAAUAAACAUUUUAGUCAUUUUUAUCUGUUUUAACCGAGAGUUGAUAAAUCUAUUUUUCGUUAUUGCAAUUAGUUUUAUUAUUCAAAAA